AAGCACAAAACCACUCCCAACUCUCAUCCUCUCACGUGAUUUGGACUCCAUCGACGCAAAGCAGAAAACAACGGCAACGGCAUCUAUUUUCCUUCUCGUUUCAGUCUGAAACUUGGUCGCUAUGUAUGCCCUUGGUCGCAGUCUGAAACUUCUGUGUUGGAACCAUUAGAAGGCCGCCGGAAAAAAGACCGCCCCAUCCGGAAGAGAUCGGAAAUAAAGCUUCGGCUUUGAUGAAAAUUGGCAACUUGCAGGUAUGGGCAGGAUAGUCUUCAAAGCUUCUGAGCACCAUUCAAAGCUUCUGAAAUAAUGCUUCCGCUUUGAUGAAACUUCAUAAAGCUUUUGAGCACCAUUCAUAUUCCAUACCAUAAAUCUUGAAAUGUCUUACACAAGAAUCCACACGAAUUUAAGGGGGUGUUCUCAAUCGGGAUUUCAUAAGAUUUUAAAUGAUUGAGAUUUUAAAGGAAUUGUAUGGAAUUGAAUAGAAUUUUUUAGAUUCCGUGGAAUCUGAAAUCCAUCGACGCGCAGGUUCAUUCGUUCCCAAACCCACGAAGCUCCAAUUUCUUUUUCAGUGUUUGCCAGCUUCGCAGAUUGCUUGCCUCCACCGUGACCUAAAACUUCGCCGCCACAGGUCCAUUGUGGUCUGUCGCUCGUAAGGUGAGUGCCGCUUCUGACCUUUCGUAGCCGAAGAAGGAGAGUAGAUGUGGGCGACAACUUGUUCUGGGAGAAAUGGGAGGCUCCAAGCACAUGUUCAGUUUUCUCUUCACAGUCAACAAUGACUCCCCCACCAUUUGUCUAACUCAGACUGUCUUUUGCAUCUUCUUCACUUAGAACCAAAUGCUUUGGGCCUCUGUUUAACGGAGUAAAGCAGAGUUCUUUAAAGUUGAGUUCUAAGCGACGAUCCUGCCAGGUCCAGUGAGGCAGCACACAGAGACACAACUUUUUCCAAAAUACAGCACUGUAACACGCCAUCACCCUAGAUCUCGCCCAGCAUGCAGCCACGGCAGCACCUUUGACGGAUUGACCUGAUUAGUUCAGUUAACGGAUCUCAAAGUGUACACUGCCUUUAUCAGAUUGGUUUUGCUGCAUCUGGGACUACAUUGAAGUUCCGAUAUGGAGAAGAGUAGUAGUGGUAAAAAAACCAACAUUCAGCUUCUAGAAAACAUGUGUUAUUUCAUUAGAAGGUGCAUCAUCUCACUACUUUCUGCCGGCCCUGUUCCAACUCAUAUUGCAUUUAUAAUGGAUGGCAAUCGAAGAUACGCGAAGAAACAGAAUUUGGAAGAGGGACAUGGGCAUAGGGCUGGGUUUGCUGCUCUUAUAAACUUGUUAAAAUAUUGUUAUGAGUUUGGUGUGAAGUACAUAACUGUUUAUGCCUUUAGUAUUGAUAACUUUAAGAGGCGCCCCGAAGAAGUUGGAUCCCUUAUGCUCUUGAUGCAGGAAAAAAUUGAAGAGUUGAUUAAAGAGGAGAGCGUAGUCAACAGUUAUGGAGUUCGACUGUACUUCAAAGGGAACCUAGACCUUUUGAGUGACUCUGUUAGGUCAUCAGCAGAGAGGGCAAUGGUUGCAACUUCGGGUAACUCAAAAACCAUCCUAUCGAUCUGUGUUGCCUAUACAUCAACGGAUGAGAUAGUGCAUGCAGUUGAACUAUCAUGUGAAGAAAAAUGGCAGAGUUCAGAUAUGUAUCGACACGUGAAUGGAAAUGGUAAAAACGAGAACCUCAUUAUUGGGGUGACAGAUAUUAAUAGGCAUAUGUAUAUGGCUGGUGUUCCUGAUCCUAAUAUUAUAAUACGUACCUCUGGCGAAACUCGAUUGAGUAAUUUUCUACUAUGGCAGAGUUCAAAAUGUCUUCUUUACUCUCCAGAAUCGCUUUGGCCAGAGAUGGGUUUCAGGCAUUUGGUUUGGGCAAUUGUGAAUUUCCAAAGAUAUGCCGUCUACCUUAAAGGGGCAAAAGAGAAAGAAACAUGAUUCUGUUGAGGGUGGCUUUUUCAUUUUGGGGUUAUAGUCAUCUUUGUGAAUUGAUUGGCCUUCUUUCUUAUUCUUAAAAACUCUUCUUUGAAUUGAAUUCACCCGUAAUUGCUAGAAAAAUGUGUUCUAUUUCUCCAUUGUAUUCGGCUGUUUAUUUGGUAAAUCCGGACACUGUAAAUUGUAAAAUAUGAAUAAAUCUUCUGGCUGAUGAUAUUUGUGAUUUUGUGGGGA